GACGUCAUCUGCAUGGGGCGGAAGUGGGGUGUUGUCACGUGAUCGAGCCUGUCGUUGCGGAGAGGGAAACUGCUCGGUGUCGGCAGUUCUUUGAGUGAAGGUUUGCAUUCGGUACGUGUGACGUUGUAUGUGUGGUAACAACAUGUCAUUGCCGCUGCUCGAUGAGGCUGCGACUGUCUCUGGAACAGAACGGGAGACUGCAGUGGUUAUUUUCUUGCAUGGACUUGGAGACACAGGACAUGGUUGGGCCGAAUCACUGUUCUCCAUCCGACUUCCUUAUGUGAAGUACAUCUGCCCUCAUGCGCCAAAGAUUCCUGUGCAACUGAAUAAGUCUGUACCUAUACCAUCAUGGUUUGACUUGGCUGGAUUAAGUCCAGAAGAUCCAGAAGAUGAAGUUGGUAUAAAGAAAGCUUCUGAAUGCAUUAAAGCGAUUAUUGAACAUGAGAUCAAAAAUGGAAUUCCUUCACAUAGAAUCAUACUAGGAGGAUUUUCACAGGGUGGUGCAUUGUCUUUGUACACUGCUUUGACAUGCCAUUACAAACUGGCUGGAGUUAUAGCUCUGAGUUGCUGGCUUCCUCUUCGUAAAGCCUUCCCACAGGCAGUGGGUAGCAAUGUCAACAAGGAUAUCAGCAUUCUGCAGUGUCAUGGUGAAAAGGAUCUAAUGAUACCGUUAGAGUUUGGAUCUUCAACAGCUGCAAAACUAAAAACAAUCAUUAAUCCUGAAAACAUUCAGUUCAAAAAGUAUUUAAUGCAGCACUGCUCAUGUCAACAGGAAAUGAUGGCAGUGAAAGAAUUCAUUGCAAAGCAGCUACCACCCAUUUGACUAAACUGAGGAAACCUGUAUAACUUUCUUCAACCCUUCAACUUUCACCUGACAACUGAACUCGAGCCACGUGCUACCAACCUCCAGUCUUUUACAGACCAUUUUAUUUGUAAUAGUUAUUUUUCUCCUAGAGUGGAUAUAUCCACAAUUUUUACUGGCACAAUCCAAAGUCCCUUCAGAGGUAAUUUUAUCAGUAAAGUGAUUACUGUUUUUGGCAGGAAGCAUCUAUUCAAUUUUAACUUCUUUCCAGCUCAAAUACUCAGCAACAGUUUCCUAAUGUAGGUUUUAUUUCAAGUUAGACAUAAUUCAUAAAAGUUCCUAUGAAGGAGAAGGGUAUCAUAUUUCAGCUCUAGGAUUCAAGCCUCAGUCCAAUUAGUCUCAACUAAGGUUAAAGCUACAAAAUGUGCUCUAUGUAGUAUCAGUGUAUUUUUUUGUACUUGCAAAUUGAUGUACUCACGUCUUAUUGCUUUAUUGUGGAAUCAUUGGUUUAACUGUGAAGUGCAAGAGAUGGACAGUCCUGCUGCACUGGCUGAUGGAAUCAAGAAACAGCAAUAAAGCAUCUUAUCUAUUCAGAAUGUAAGGGAAAAUUAACUGGAGAAUGCACCUAAUGUUGACUAGACAUACUGUAGUUACUCUCAAUUAAUGGGAUCAUAAUCUCAGUGACUCUGAGGUACAGCAUGUUUGAGGACCAAUAAUGGUUAGGCUGUUAAAACAAAGCAAUAUCAGUCAUUUUGACUCUACUGUUUCUAGGUCUGGUUCGUUCGCCAAACCAGUGUGUUUUUCUGCAGACAAACAUAUGGGCUCGGUGAACGGAACAAUGACCUCAUACACAACUCAAGCUACAAAUCUUUUCAAAAUCAGGUUCUAAUCCAGAUUUUUUUUUAAACUGAGCUUCUGUUGAUUUUAGGAAACAAGGCACAGGGUGUAAGAUUCAUUUCAAACAAGGAUUGAUGAGCAUAGUAAAAGUAAUAACAUAGCUAUCUUAACUAUGCCACUGUAGGAAGAAUCAUGCGAAGGACAGCUCUAAGUGUUGAAGUCAUGCAGAGUGAGUUAUUGUUUACUCCCUGAUAAUUACAUUGAGAAUUGCAGCAAAAUCUGGAAGCAGAAAUUCUGCAGGCCCCAUGCACCAGAUCAGUGAAAAUGUGGGAAUUGUUUAAAAACUUCUAAAAUUACUCUGCUUUCAACACAGUAUAUGAACAUAACAUUUGACCUCAACACCUGGGUAAGCAAAAGUUUGCAGGGGCAAUAUUUUCCCCCACCAAUUGGCUGCUAUUCUACAAUUCCUAUGACUGCCACUGUGGGAUGUGUUAGCACUGUUGUUGCAUCCUCAAAAUGUGCUACAUCCAAUGAGCUGCACUGGUCUGCUAACUAGGGGAAUGUGUCCAGCCAACCUUACUGACCAUCAUUCUUGUGUGGCUUCCCUAUUUUAAAACAUUUGGCAUAACUCAGUGUAGUGUCGGGUGUAGACAUGUCUUAUAGAAAGGGACAGUAAGUAAAAAGUCAUUUCACUCAUGAUUGAUUUAAUCCUACCCAAAUAUUAUUAAAACUUGGAUUGACGUUACAAGCUGAUUUUCCUAAACUACAGUGCAUAAGUUAUACUAUGUUUGUGUAAAACGCUUGACCAAAGUGUCACUGUGCUUCACAGGAGCUUUUUUUUAAAGCAGUAAACAAAUUUGGCAAAAUGUUAAAUUGUGUAAACUAUUAUUAACCAGCACAUUGAUGCAAAUUCAGGAGCACAUCAGUACAUAGUGUAUCUGAAAAGUAUGCAAAGACGAAAGUGUCCUUGUUUCCAUGAAUGCCGCCAGUUUCCUAGAGUUCAAAUCCUUUACAAGAGCUGCUUCAGUAGAAUCUAAAUUAAUCCAUCUUAAAUUAUAAAUUUGUUUUUGAUAUGCACUGAUGUAUACAGCAUUGAGACACUAGGAUUCUGUUUUGUGACAAAUGGAUCCAAGAAUACAGUGUGACACUUCUAUAAGCAGCAUGUUAUAUACAAUUGCACUAGAUUUUUAAAGGUUGGAUUUAGUAAAUUGUUGCUGUACAUGGACUCCACAUGAUACAUUCAGGUAUCUUCAGUUUUAAAAAAAAGCAUGACAUUAAAUCUGUGUCACAGAUAUUGGAGAAUGUGAGAGAGAAUUAAUAAGUUGACCUUUUUAACUAGUUUUCUUUCAUUUGCUCUCUAUGCUUGGAGAGAUCAUGGGACUGACGUUUUGCCAUCUUUACAUAAUGUUACUCUCAGGAGAUUUGACUCUCCUUUAAAGUAAUGAUAUUUUCCCAUUAUAGCACUGGCUUAUUUGUCUACCUCUCCUGAUGUGAUAGAUUAAAAUACGAUGACAUUUAACUUAAAAUAACAUGUUUUUUGGGUUUGUGCUACAGAAAAUAGGUAAAAGAAAGAGGAGUUCUAGUAUUGUUGGUUAGUGUGACCAAGAGAGUGGACUGACUCCUUGAAGGAGGAUGCAAAGAAGGUACCAGAUGUAAAUUGUUGUUCACUUCAGGAUUCUGGAAACCUACCUUUAAAAAUUGCUAGUUUUAUCUGGAGAGUGGGCAUAUCAGGAUAUGCAACACAAGCCACAGUUGAGACGGCUGAGUGAUCUGUGGACAGAUUAGUUAGCACAUUUUAUUUUCUCACUUUGACCAGACUUUGGGAUGCUGGAAGGCAAAGGAGAUUUAAAAAGUAAUUUUAGAAGAAAUCAUUUAGGCUUCACUUCAUUUAUUAUCUAUUCUAAAUUGAGAAGUAGAGGCUAACAUCCAGGUCUGUAAAUCCAGUACAGUUGGUGGGGAGAGGAAAAAAUCAUUUUCAUAAACAUUUACACUAAGCUUACCCAACAAUAGUCAUUAAAGCAAAAACUGAUUUGGUUCUUUCUCACAUUCCUCUUCAUAGAAAAGUACAGCUGUAAAUUUAAGAAUUAUUAAAUGCAAAUUAUGUUUGUAUCUGUGCUGAGUUGUAAGUGCUCAAAAUAGUGACUGCUGGGCAGCAUUGAUAAGUAAUUACAGUUAAAACUGUAAAGGUUUAUACUGUUGCAUGCAUUCACAAGUGUGUUUGGCAAAUAAUAUGGAGAACAAACCAUAUGCAGAACCUUAGUAAUAACCCAAAUUAUUUAAAUCUGCAAUUGAUUGUUCUGGAAAGAGGAUAGCUUGGCUUGUGACAAUUAAAGACAAUGCAGGAGAAUUAAUAUUGAAAGGAACUAUUUAUCUGUGCACCUUUCAAUUUCCACUUGAAUAUACGCUUUACAGUUCCAUUGCUGUAGCUUAUUCCGAUUAUUUUAUCCAUGGUGUUUUAUUUUUGUUCUCCAAUCUCCUUGUAAUGUCAAAAUGAAUAAAGUGAGAAUUCCAUGCUG